GUCUAACGUUAGCUCGAAAUUGCAAACACAGUUAUUAAUACAUUUAUAUAAUGUAAUCGUAGACUUGAAUAAGAAACAAACAAUUUGGGGAAUUAGUAAAAAGGGCAUGACGAACAGAGCGGCAGCCUGCCAGUGCAGUGCAGAGGCUUUAAUUUCUAGAGCCUUAGCCUACACAAAACCUCAUAUGUGGGACAAUUCGUUUACCUGUAUGGAUUACUGUCGACUACUUCCGAGCUCAUCGUCUCUAUUUUUUGCCUUCCUGUCAGAGAAAUAUUUUUAUUCUUCUCUGCCUGUAACUCAUCUUCUAACUGUUGUACUUUAGCUCGAAGUUCUUCAACACUAGCCAUUUUUCUGAAGUGCUUUUACAUGGAAUUUACAACAUAUGGUAGACUCGAACUCGAUCGGUUGUGUGGCUGUGAUAUCCGCUGUGUCUGUCUGUGUGCGUUGGCGUCGAUCGACGACUAGUUAAUAGGUCGGAGUUAUAGACUUUUAAUCUGUAUAAAUUCAAUCAACUGUGGUCUAUAGAACCUACUAAUAGUACCCAGGCGAAUUUUUAGCGAUGUUACCCCUGUAGUUUUUUUUACAAAUAUUUUGUGUGGGAGGCAUUUCAAGCAAGAAGAAAAAUGAAGCAUAACGUCUGUAUGGUGUCUGACUUUUUCUUCCCUAAUACUGGAGGUGUUGAGAGUCAUAUUUACCAGCUAUCACAAUGUUUGUUAGCCAGAGGUCACAAGGUGAUAGUGAUAACUCAUGCUUAUGGAGAAAGAACAGGCAUCAGAUACCUUACAAACUAUCUCAAGGUGUAUUACUUACCAUUUGGACCAUUCUACAACCAAUGUAUUUUACCAACGCUCUUUACAACCCUGCCUCUUAUUAGGAAUAUCCUCAUCAGAGAAAACAUCACUAUAGUUCAUGGUCACUCAUCCUUUUCUACGAUGGCCCAUGAAGCCAUGUUUCAUGCCAAAACCAUGGGUCUCAAAACAGUCUUUACCGACCAUUCUCUCUUUGGUUUUGCUGACGCAAGUUCAAUUAUCACCAAUGCAAUCCUCCAGUUCUCAUUGGCUGAUGUCAAUCAUGUGAUCUGUGUGUCACAUACAAGUAAAGAGAACACUGUCUUGAGAGCUACUGUGUCACCAAGUCUUGUCUCUGUCAUACCAAAUGCUGUGGAUCCAACCGUCUUUAAACCUGAUACAGCCAAGAGGAAACAUGAUAGAAUAACAAUUGUAAUAGUGAGUCGGCUGGUGUAUAGAAAGGGUAUGGAUCUACUGGCUGCCAUCAUCCCUGUUAUCUGUGAAACUCAUCCAGACGUGGACUUUCUCAUUGGAGGGGACGGGCCUAAGCGGAUUGAUAUUGAAGAAGUGAGAGAGCGUUAUCAGCUUCAAGAACGUGUCACUAUGUUGGGUGCUGUGGAACAUUCUAAUGUCAAUAAGGUUUUGAACCAAGGAGACAUAUUCAUCAAUGCAUCACUCACUGAAGCCUUCUGUAUUGCCAUUGUAGAAGCAACUCUUUGUGGUUUACAGGUUGUAAGUACAAGAGUUGGAGGAGUGCCUGAAGUCUUGCCAGAAGAUCUGAUAUUACUUGUUGAACCUAGUGUUAAAGGUAUCUUGAGUGGAUUAGAAGAAGUCAUAUCAAGAAGGAGACAGGGAAGCUUCCUUCAACCCGAUGCUGUCUAUCAACGAAUGGCUCAAGUCUAUACCUGGCAAAAUGUUGCCACAAGAACAGAAAAGGUUUACGACAGCAUAGAUAAUGAUGAAACUCUGAGCUUAUCACAGAGAUUUGAUUACUACUUCAAGUGUGGACCAGCAGCAGGGAAGUUCUUUAUUCUUCUUGCAGCAGUCAACUUUAUUUUCUUCUGGUUCUUGGAGUGGUUUUGUCCAAGAGAGGAUAUAGACAUGGUCCCUGAAAUGCCUCAGUUAGAGGCAAGUACCAGAGAAGCCAAGCGUCUUUCUACUACCAAACCGAGUGUAGAUCAGUCUGCUUACCAUGGGACAGUAGGUCCUUCUUCAACUGAAGAUUCUUCUACAUUGAAUCACAGAGUUACAAGAUCUCAAGCAAGGAGAAACCAUGUUGAACAAACAAGUUGACACAGAAAUUAUAAACAGGACUUUAUUUAUAAUUGCCAUGUCAAUUCUUAUCCUUGCCUUUUAUAUGUCAGUAACUGUCUAUUAAUGUUUUGGGGGGCAUAUCAUGAAGAGUUUUGUUAGUGAAUUUCACUAAUUUGCUCUGAGCCAAUCAGAUGCAAGCAUUAAUAGCUUAAAACAAUAGUGUGAAACUUUUUUCAUGAUACUCUCCCCUGAUAUUUGAGCCAAUCAGAUGCAAGCAUUAAUAGCUUAAAACAAUAGUGUGAAACUUUUUUCAUGAUACUCUCCCCUGAUAUUUGAGCCAAUCAGAUGCAAGCAUUAAUAGUUUAAAACAAUAGUGUGAAACAUUUUUCAUGAUACUCUCCCCUGAUAUUUGCCAGAAUGCCUGGGCCCCAUCGUACAAAGAUUUAAGAUUGAUCCGAACAACCUCAACUGUAUGGAAAUUUAUCAAUGUCCUAAUUAUUUCUUCCGGAAAUUUGUACAAUGUCCUUUGAUAACAAAUUGAAGCAUACUGAAUGGUCAAGAAAACAGUGAAUGUAUAAAUAUACAUCAUACUUAGAAAAUAUUUGGAACAAAAAUUAUUUUAGAUGUGUUUUUGCUGGCUUUCCAUAGUUGUGGUUGGUUGGAUCAAUUGUAACUCUUUCUAAGACGGGGCCCAGAUCAAACAAAAUAAUGUUAGUAAAGGAAAGAUGACGAUCCCCACUGAGAUUACAUAGAUUGAUAUUGCUUUUCACAAGUUGACAGCAAAUUUUGAAUCUACUUCCUAUAAAAUCAAAAGAUAGACUGACCACAAAUAUGGUGAUUUGUGGAGUAACAAUGACUAGUUCCAUGGCAAUUUUGCAUAUUAAUUCAAAUACCCACACCUCAACCUGACACUAACUUUAAUCAUUAUUAUGUUAUAAAAAAUGCACACAAUCCUAACCAUAUGGGCCAUAUUCAUAUAACUCCAGUUUAAAUUAACUUUGGUCUAAAAUGUCAAUUUAAUUUUGGAAAGCUGAAUGUGCCACUGCUCUCCUAGAGUAUAAUUUCAAUUUAUUUAAAGCAUAUUUGACACUCAAAUAAUUCAAUCACAUUUUUGGAAUGAUAAUCAUUACAGUUUCUGUACUAUUGAAGCAUGGAAAAAGUCAGGUAAAAAUUUGUAUAUCUUAUAUUUUGGCUCCCCCCCACAUGCGAUCAUUCCUAUUUACUGUUUGUAAGAACCCGUUGGUAAUUUGCCGAGGCUAUUUACAGUUCAUUAGACCAUUUUGGAAAUUUUUUGGGCCUUAUCGUUUUCAGCUUCCCAUAAUUUCAGCCCAUACUACAACAUAGGCAUAAGUUAAACCAGACCACUGAGAAUAUGGGCUAGUGCGUUCAGAGAAAUUGAGACAGGAUUAACUGUUGCAGAAGCGAACAUUUGGUCCAACUCUGUUAGUAAUUGUCUACUUAUAUAUUAUUUAAAUGACAUUAAAAUGUAAAAUUAGGAAAUAUCUUAUAUUUGUCUUUUUAUAAGUGAUGUUACGUUCAUACCUUGUGCUAAUAGUCAAACUAAUUUAUUAGCAAAACAUGCAUUUGUGUAAAAGGUAGUGUAUGCAUCAAUACAUGUAUGUCCACAAUGCAUUCUUAUGAAAGGCCAAAAAUAAUGUCAUCCAUCCACUUUUUAUACUUUUUUUUUUAAUAUGCAAUCAUGUUAUAUAUGUGCAGCUGCUGAAUUUUAUAAUAUACAAUCAAUUUUUUUUUAUAUUCAAAGUUCAUUGCAAACUUUGCUUCCACCAUUGUUGUAAUGUUAUUUCAGUGCUUGUAGAAAUACUACGGUGAUCACUGGCAAAUGUCAUAAAAACAAUCUAACAAAUCCUGAGGGUUUUUCCUUAAAUCUGAUUGUGUUAACCCUGUCACACACUGUACAAUCCAACAACCUGAUUUUUUUUUUCCAAGAUUCAUAUUUUGCAUUAAAUACUGAAGUAAAGAAAAAUAAAUUUAUCUUAUUUAAAGUUCGGAAUAGUACUAGGAAUACUAAAGUAUUAACAAAUUCUGCUUUGCUGCAAGCCUUAUGGUCUUAAAGGCCAUAUUUUUAACUUCAAAUCGUAGCAAAUAGCAAACAUUUUAUGGUUUGUAAUUGACUUUGCUUUUAUUAAUCCAAGGAAGCUUGUAAUGGCCUGUUACUUAUAUUAUAGUGGUUAUCCAUGCUAUUUUAUUCACAAGUCCACUGUUUUGAAUUAAUUAGUCCACUCUUCAGACAGUGGACUUAUGAAUAAAAUAGCGUACUUAACCAAGGCAACAGGCAUCAAUUUGGCGCACUGUGACAAAAGCGUGCAUCAGCAUUGGACAUUUUUUUAUACAUACGCGGGAAAUAAGCAUAAUUUAUUUAGGAAAUCUGCAUAAACCAUGGGUUCUACCGAUGGUUUGAAAUACCACCUUUGUGAAUAAGCCAGUUCGUAGUUCCUUUCUGCGCAUGAUCAAAAGAUUCUACGCAUAAUCAGAGGAAGGUCAUUGUACUAAAGUGACAUGUUGGUUUAAAAUCUAAUGAGAUGAGCACCAACUUUGAUGUCUUGAUUAUUCAUAUAUUCUUUUGAAUUGUGGUUUUCAUUUACAUCCACAAAAAACAACAACGCGUCCACGAACGACUGGUUUUCACAGUUUGCCAAGUACAUUGUGCAACAUGCUAUGAUAUGCAUUCAAAGUAGGAAUGCAACAAAUACCUUCAUAAAGUGUUCAUUGGUGUGCUAUUCUAGUCACCUGGUCUAUUCAAUUUCUUCAUCCUGCUAUGUAAGGCAAGCUUACGUAAUAUUUUGCUUUGAAAUCUGCCUAUCAUAAUGAAGGAAAUGAAAGGUCAUUUGACCGAAAAUUGUCCAUGAGUAACUACGAACUGGUCUAUUCGAGCCUAGGUUUGAAAUUACGCACAGCUUUAGAGAGGACUGCCAUGAGGUCUUACCCUGAAUCAAUUCCUUUAUAAGUUAUAUUCAUGAUAUGAUUAAUCUUCUUGGUACUGUUAUAUGUAUGCAUUGAAAAAAAAUCUAAUAUUUGAAAUUAUGAGAGUAAUGUGUGAUUUUGUUACAAUACGUUCCUAAAUAUGUUUAUUGAUAUGAAAUGUGGAAUAAAGAUAUUGGUAUAUUGAAGUGAA